AAGCAUUGGUCUGGUGUUAGUUGAUUAGGGCAUUCAACUGGUACCUGCUCAGAUUUCCCCCUUAUCUCACAUUUACUCUGGAUUCAUAAGGCCAAAUCUGCUGGGCAUUAUCCUGGGGCCAAUCAGCAAGGUCCCGAAUACAACUUUGUGCAAUUUAAUCUAACCACAUGGGCAACCUAAACAUGCCCUGCACACUAUACAGCUAGAUCCUCAGUGUUGCUGUGUGUUAAAAUUUAAACCUUUGGGAAUGAUUAAAUUAGUUAAUGAAAUAUUGAAACUUGGUGAAGUAGUUUAACUCUAUUUUGAAUUUAAAUUAAUCCCUUGUUACAAUGAGAUAUCUAAUGACAUGAAUGGGAUUCCGUGUUGAACCUUCUCUUUAAUUGUAGUAAGAUUUAAACUGUAAUGUUGGUGAGACUAUAUCUGGACUACUCAACUAAACUGGUCUCUGUAUUUGAAAGGGGAGGUGGAGCAGUUCAGAAAAGAUUUACUUGGUUAAAUUCUGACAAUGAAGAAAUUGUAUAGAGGGACAAACUGGACACAUUGGAGUUUAGAAUGAGAAAUGACCUUGUGAAACUGUAUGAAUCUAGCUCAUAGGCAAACACCUUCUCGGCAGCUAUUUUGUCAAUCAUGUUUCAAACAAGGAAGCAGAAAAGAGAGCUAUCACAUAGAAAACCAAGCCAUGAUUCCACUUCAGUAUUGCCUUUUGUAAUUUUCCUGCCCAAUCACCAUGCAAAACUGAGAGAAUACGUACAUUUUAUUGUACUAUAGGUGAAAUUGUGGUAUGAAGAACAGAUGAAAUGGGAGCUUGAGUCAAGAUUUAAUUAACCAUGAUCUUUUUGAAGCAGGUUUGAGGUUCAGUGUGGUUUAAGGUUAGUUUUAUUUACAACCAAAUCCCAAAAAUGUAAAAUCCAGACACUCCGAUAACAUUUACUGGCAUUGGCUGGCAGAUUAGGCCUCAGAAAAAACAGUAACAGUGAGGGCAAAGGUUAGAGAAUGACUAGGAAUUAAAAUUGCUGCUUAAAGCUACCUAGCACAAAUAUUUGGCUUUAUUUUAAAAACUGUAGUCAAACAAUAUUAUACUUAUUCAACAUUCUUGAACUUUUGUUCUAUAAAUUUACUAUCCAUAUUUUUAUGGGUUAGGGUUACAGUUUUAUAUUGUUGACAAAGAUCUUCCCUGAGUGCUCUAAACUUGUCAGGUGGCCAGUCUGAAUAGGCCGGGUUUGUAAUACCUCUCAAUCAAAGAUACUGCUCUCAAUAACUCAAACCACUCACUGCCCUCCUUAAUGGACAGCUAGUCUGUGAGAGCAUUUGGAGUGGGAAGAGAGGGAGAAACGUCCGUUCACAACGAGUUUGGGUGACACGAAGCAGUGUCACUACAGUGGACUCUUACAGCAUCCUUGAGACCGCCUCUCCUCACUCGACCAGCCAGCAACGGAAUGAAGUCCCGCCCUCAAGCAGCAUGCGUGCUGCCUGGUUGAUGUCAUCGGAUAGCAACGGCGAGACGCUGCAACAGGAGGAACGCGGCGGGGGCGGCUCGACGGACGACCCGAGAACGCAAGGCCAGGCCACGAACGGAUGCCGAGCUGAGAACCAUGCUUGUUCCAGUGUUCAGCCUCAAGUUAAACCACAGAAUCAAUCCUCGAAUGGUGACUGUGGGAAAAUAUGAUGGCAUACAUCCCUGCUUGACCGCUGCAACACAGGCUGGAAAGGUUUUUAUCCACAACCCCCAUAUCCGUAGCCAGCGAGUUGUUGCCAAUCAUUUAUUGCAAGGUGGCCUGGAUUCCGACACCUACCUCCUGAAUAUAAACCAGAAUGUCAGCUGUCUAACUGCAGGAAUACUUAAUCCCACACUCGGCCAUGACACGUUGCUUGUAGGCACACAGACUAACCUACUGGCAUAUGAUGUACAUAACAACUCAGAUGUUUUCUAUAAGGAGGUUGCAGAUGGUGCCAAUGCAGUGGUACUUGGGCAGCUGGGGGACAUAUCCUGCCCAUUGGCAAUAAUUGGAGGGAACUGCACACUCCAAGGUUUCGAUAAAGAAGGAAAUGAUCUUUUCUGGACGGUCACGGGGGAUAAUGUUCGGUCACUGGCUCUCUGUGAUUUUGAUGGUGAUGGGAAGAAGGAGCUUCUGGCUGGCUCGGAGGACUUUGACAUCAGGGUCUUCAAAAAUGCUGAAAUUGUGGCAGAAAUGUCAGAAACAGAAAUAAUCACAGCCCUGUGCCACAUGCAUGGAAGCCGAUUUGGAUAUGCCCUGGCAAAUGGCACUGUCGGAGUGUACGACCGGGCUACUCGCUACUGGAGAAUUAAGUCUAAAAAUCAUGCCAUGAGUAUUCAUGCUUUUGACUUGAACUCAGAUGGUGUUUGUGAAUUGAUCACAGGCUGGUCAAAUGGGAAGAUUGACGCACGUAGUGACCGCACUGGUGAGGUCAUCUUCAAGGAUAACUUCACUUCCUCUGUUGCCGGAAUAGUGGAGGAGGAUUACAGGAUGGAUGGACAGACGCAGCUCAUUUGCUGUUCAACAGAAGGAGAAGUUCGAGGCUAUCUGCCUGCCAGUUGGGAGAUGAAAGGAAACUUGAUGGACACUAAUGCUGAACAAGACUUAAUCCGUGAACUGAGUCAACGGAAACAGAACCUAUUGCUUGAACUGCGUAACUAUGAGGAAAAUUCAAAGGUUGCAUUAAAUGCCCUUGGAGGAGACGGGGAUGGGCAAAUGGGCAUUAUUCCAGCUAACACACAACUGCAGACAGGCUUGUCUGUUAACAUGGGCACUGCUAACCAAAGCCCUCAUGUGGAGUUGAACAUUUCUACAUUCAAUGACACCAUCAUUCGGGCUGUACUUAUCUUCGCUGAGGGUAUAUUUAAUGGAGAGUCUCAUGUGGUUCAUCCCAGUGCACACAAUCUCUCUGGACAAAUCCAAGUUCCCAUCAUUCCACCCAAAGAUGUACCAGUGGACCUGCACAUUAAGGCUUUUGUUGGCUAUAGAAACAGCAUACAGUUCCACGUGUUUGAACUGACAAGACAGCUGCCACGAUUCUCAAUGUAUGCACUACGUACUCCAGGAACUGUUCCCGAAACUCAGAGCUAUGUCACCUUCACAAUCAGUGAUCGUAUGCAAAGGGUAGUAAUGUGGAUGAAUCAGAACUUCCUCUUAGCUGAAGAUAUUGAGUGUCCAAAUGCACCAUUGGAAGUCUGUUUCAUGUCCCUGAGAGAUGGUGGGCAGCUGAGUAUUAGAAUGAAUAUGAAUGGAGAGGUCACCAUUAGAACAGAGGAUAUUGACCUGACUGGUGAAAUCAUCCAAUCUUUGGCAUUGUUUCUAGUCAUUGAAGACCUCCAGGUAGAAGCAGACUUUCCUGAUUACUUUGAAGAGCUGCACCAAAUACUUGUUCAGUUAGAUGGUUAUCAUUCCGUGCACCAAAAGCUCACUGCAGAGAUGGCCGACCAUUCCAAUCUGGUCCGUAGCUUACUGAUUCGGGCAGAAGAUUCUCGUCUAAUGGGAGACGUGACAAAUAUGAAGAAGGGAUAUAUGGAACUUUACGAUUUAAAUCGAGACUUGGUAAAUGGUUACAAGAUUCGGUGUAACAACCACACAGAGCUUCUGAGCUGUCUACGAGCAGUAAAUCAGGCGAUCCAGAGGGCGGGACGCCUGCGAGUUGGGAAACCCAAAACCCAGGUGGUGUCUGCAUGCCGAGAUGCCAUAAAAAAUAAUAACAUCAAUGCACUUUUCAAAAUCAUUCGUGCUGGCAGCACCUCAUCCUGAAAAGGUCAGAGAUCCCAACUAAACAGACAGAAGAGCUCGAGUUUGUUCAUAAAGAGCAACGACGCAGAGAGGUUACAAAUGUGCUGAACUGAGCUUGUCUCAUCUCCAAGCCACUGUGAACAGAUCCAGUUGGAUUGCCUGGGGUGCCCCAACUAUAAACAUCUUAUUUUAGAUAUCAUGGGAUCAGGGAGUCAAGUAUGCAAUUCAACCGUGUCUUAAAGGAGCACUAGGAUUUAAAAUGUACCAUUGAAUGUUUAUAGAUUGAAUUUAUUGAUAGAGUGAUUUACUUUGUACAUCUCUCCACCCAGUUGAACUCGCCCUUGUCACCACUGGGUUAACCUAAUAGAUUAUUCAAAACAAAGAGCUUAUACUAUCAUGUGGUCAGUGUCAGAAGACUAGCUUUGAAAGUGAAAAUUCUAGCCAAAUAUGUUCUUUAUUUCAUAAUGCUUCUGGAGCAGCAGAUGGCAACACUGCAUCAUAUUUAAUGUUUCUGAAGAUUAUUUCUUAUCAAUACCAAUUUACAUUAUAAGAGUUAUACACAUCCAGAAAAACAACUGAAAUCAACCAAGUUUCCUAUACAAACUCUUCAUAGCUUUAUAAAUUGAAGUAAACUAACAUUGUCUAUUUAGUAUUAACUGCAGAAUCUCCAGAAGCCAUGUGUUAACCUCCAUUAUACAGAAUAUAUUCUGAUAAUUCAGAUCUAUUCGUGUUGGUUUCAGCAUGUCCAAUGUUCACCAUUAGUUUAAAUGUUCCCUUCGGUCUGCUAAACCUGGCCUCUAUGUCAUAAUUCCAUAACACAUUUUUAUUUCUUCCAGGCUGUUAACCAAAUAUUGCAAAUACUACCCCUUAACAACCCAUAUUUUAUGAACCUUGAUCACUUCCAACAAAUUCCCACCAAACAUUCCAAAUCCGUUCUGUUCACUUCGAACUACUCUCAUUCAUAUUCCAUUUCAUACUCCAACUACUAUCAUGCCAAUUCCAGUCUGCUGUACUCCAUGUCAAAUUUAUAGCUACCGUUACUAUUUGCUACCCACUUACACAUUUUCGGUAUCCCAUGGUCACUACAUUACCUUUGUACAUGUAUUGAUUCCUAGAUGCUGCAAAUACCUCCGUAGUCCAUGUAGACAAAUGCCCCCCAGCACCCACCAUUCAUUGCUCAAAAGUUCCCUACGUCCACCCACACCCACCCCCACCAAUAGCCUUAAAGA